CCGUCCGACGCGCACGACUCGGGUGCUUCUCGCUCCUGGGACAAGAUCAGGAAAAAAUAGACAAAACAGAAACAUUUAACGACCUUGAUCAGGAACAAACCUUUACAAUGAGUUAUUGACUCUCUCAUUUAGUCACAAAUCACCGAACUCCAUGGACGAAGUAUAACCAUAUUAACGUUUUUUUCCCCCCUUUCGAUGUUCCUUUUUGACUGUUGAACUUGUUUGGGGCUAUGCGUGCGGGUUGGAUGUGGAUGUUACCUGUGUCCGUGGCUGUGGCUGGAAGAUGAGCGCCGGCGUGAGGGUGACUGGGGACGCGACAGGAACUCAUAAUAUGCAGUCAAGCCUGUAGGGUGGGCCCAGGCUGAGCCCCCUGAUGAGUUGAGUCCCCCCCCCUCCCCCCACCCCUCCUCUCCCAGCGUAGCCAGGUGGGAUGUCCCAGAUGUGUGUCCUCUUAUCUCUGCUCACUCUCUCUGGCUACACCCAGGUCUCCACGGCUAAAUCUCUGAAGCUCCUGAUGGAACAAUGGACGAGCUACAAGAACCAGUGUUCUCAGAGCAUCAUCACCACGCCUCCUGUAACAGGACUGGUGUGUAACAGGACAUUUGACCAGUAUGCCUGCUGGCCCGAUGGACUUCCUGGAACAACAGUCAAUGUUUCCUGUCCAUGGUACCUGCCCUGGUACCGCAAAGUCCAGCAGGGUGUGGUGUAUAGAGUGUGCAGUGGGGACGGACGCUGGGCCCCAAAGAACACCAGCGAGUGUGAGCAGGACGACCCAGGCCAGCAGCACUAUGGUAGCAUCCUCAGUAAGUUCCGGGCCAUGUACACAGUGGGCUACUCCCUCUCCCUCGGAGCCCUGUUACUGGCCCUGGGCAUCCUGGUCUCAUUCAGGAAGCUCCACUGUAUGAGGAACAACAUCCAUAUGAAUCUGUUUUCCUCCUUCAUCCUACGUGCUGUCUCCAUCCUGAUUAAAGAUGCCCUGCUAGACUCCCUGUCUCUCACCCUGGCCCCCGGGGCUGACACCCACCAUCAGACGGUUGCCGGGUGCCGUAUCGCCAUGGUGAUGAUGCAGUACACCGUCAUCGCCAACAACUAUUGGCUGCUGGUGGAAGGCAUCUACCUGCACAGCCUCCUGGUCAUCACCGUGUUCACUGAGAGAAACUACUUCUACAUCUACCUGUUUAUCGGCUGGGGUGCGCCUCUGAUAUUCGUGUUGCCGUGGGUUAUAGUAAAAUACCUGUACGAGAAUGAAGAGUGCUGGGAGAGGAACAUCAACAUGGGUUACUGGUGGAUUAUACGUUCUCCCAUCCUGUUCGCUUACCUGAUUAAUUUCUUUAUCUUCAUCCGGAUUAUAAAGAUCCUGAUGUCCAAGCUCAAGGCCCAUCAGAUGAGAUACACAGACUACAAGUUCAGGCUGGCUAAGUCCACUCUGACCCUCAUCCCUCUGCUGGGUAUUCACGCCAUCCUCUUCACCUUAGUCAUUGAUGAGUCCGCCCCCAAAGGUUCCAUGAUGCGUCUCAUCCGCCUCUUCUACGACCUCCUCUUCAACUCCUUCCAGGGCCUACUGGUGGCCAUCUUGUAUUGUUUCGUCAACAAAGAGGUCCAGUCUGAGAUGUUGAAAAAGUGGAAGAGGUGGAAGCUGGGUAAAGACAUCGAGGAAGAAUACCGUCAUACACACAGCCACACGCCGCACGUCAAGAGCGGCAGCAUCAUCACCGGCAACCUGGCCGAUCUCCAAGACAACGGCAGCGACCCUAACGACUCACAGUCGACCCCUAAACCCAACCACGACCCCUAUCCUAACCCCGCCUCGACCUCCAUCACCCCCAAUGAGAGCAGUAGAUUGGUGGGGUCCUGCCACAACGGGAUGGAUAAAGCAAAGACUCAAUCCUCCCUGCAGUGUCCCUCCACACCACACGGUGGCACUGGCAACUGCAGCGCUCUGACAGAGGACAUUUGUCUGGAUGAAAGGACGCAGAGUUAUAUACGCCCAGAGGGCGCCGAGAGCAACUUCUGACCAACGGGGGAAGAAUUUCCCCGUCCUAUGGAUGGAUUGGUUGAUUGAUAGAUAGAUUGACUAAGGUUAAGGUGUCCUGUUCUGGUGUAGACAGAGACAUCACCACUACUGCGGGGGACCGUUAAUGCACUGCAGGUCCAGAAGGCUUGAUGAUCUGAAAAAAAAAAACAUUUUACUGUUCCUUUUUCUGUGACCCUAUUUUGACCACAUGUGAUUGACCACAUUCCCCACUGUGUUCAGGACCUCAAGGAAAUCUCUUAAUUGACCCCGAACAUCAUGGUCGACGAGGACAACCGCUAAAGGAACACUAGCCGCCCUGCUAGCCGUGUCCGCGUGUAUGACCGCUAAACAAAUGUUUACCUCGCUCAACAACUCCCUGGCUUGGGGUCCAAUUCUCCCCCAUCAUGAAUUUAAAGCAUAGGAUUGUUGUAGCUUAACAUUGGCUAGAAGUGAUUACCACCAUUUUGAAAUUCAUGUGAGAAAGUGUGCAAGUUUGCAAGUCCACACUUCGGCAGAAGGGGAAUGGGGAAGCCGUCCCCAUGUGUCUCUGUUCUCUACUGCUACUGUGAGUUUCACUUGUCCUCUAUGUCUUUGUGAGUGUGGCCCAAAUAGAACCCUAUUCCCUAUAUAGUGCACUACUUUUGACCAGAGCCCUGUAUAGGACAUAGGGUGCCAUUUGAAAGCUCAGCUCUGUGGUUCUGUAUGACCCUCAGCAGCCACCGUACUUCACUGAUAUCCAGCCACAGUUUAGUUUAGUUCAGCAUGUUCCUAUCAAAACACCCAUGGAGAUGUCUUGUUGAUAACAUCUUGCAUAACUAAGCCAUUCACGUUAUAGAUCUAAUCUGUGUCAAAAUAAGUGACAUUUACACACAUUUACACACACACACACAUACACACAAACGCACACACACGUGCACACAUAAACACAUGCACACACACGCACACACAAACACACAUUCCUCCCAGAGCGUGCCAUCUCUGCCCUCUCAGGCCAGGACAGGAUUAGAUCAAAACACCCCAGAGUACAGACUCAGCUGUGGAACAACGGGACAUUCCAGAAUGUUGCCAGGUCUGUCUGGCGUUCUGACAGACAUUUCUGGAACCCCCGAGGAUUAUGGGACUGUGGAGGACAGGGCCUCUCAUCAUCUCUCUGAGAGGAUUAUGGGUAGUUUGUUUGGGUGCAAUGUUUUUUGGAGGGGAUAUUGAGUUUCACCAUGAACUGUUGGCCGCAUUUGAGUGGACAGACAGACAGACUCACAGACAGACUGUAUUAAAUGUAAGUUAUUCAGGUUUUAAAAGGACAACCAACCUCCCGAACGCCAAUCAAAGACAUAACGGUGCAUCAUACCAGCUCUUGCCUCCAGGGGGACUAUAGGGAUGGGGUACCCCCUCCCCCACUUCCCCCUCCAUGCACCCCUCCUCCCCUUUACUUCCUGUUGUCUUUGACAUAUUCUGUCAGAAUGUAUGUAUCAUUGUGGACUAGCACCAUGGACUAAUGGAGACGUUACAACGUCUGUACAUAUAGAUGGUGAAGAGACAAGGUUUUCUGUUUCUGUGGAUGUUUUAUUCUGUGACCUCACCAUGCAGGAAAAAACCUCUAGAUCGUAGGUCCUGGAGAAUCUCCUAUACUUGUGAUCUAUCCCAGCGUUUCCCAGACUAAUCAAAGCUUGACCGAGUUUGGGAGAUGCUGAUCUGUCCUCACUGAACCCAUGUACAGUGUGUGAGGUCUCGGGGGCGUCGUCAUCAUGAGCAGGGCCAAGAGGUUUUCCUGCCUACGUAAACUAACCAGGAACAACUCUGCAAUUCCAUUGCUAUUAACUAAUAACGGCUAAGGGCUUGUAUUCACAAAGCAUCUCAGAGUAUGAAUGCUGAUCUAGGAUCAGGUCCUCGCUGUCCAUGUAAUCUUAUUCAUUACGUUCUGAAAGGCCAACCUGAUUGUAGAUCAGCACUCCUAGUCCUACUCUUAGACGCUUUGUGGAUAGGUCCCAUGGUCUGUAGCCUACGCGUGACCUGUGAUAUCUCCAUGGUGUGUAGAAUGUACAUACGAAGUUCUAAAAAAAAAUAGUGAAGCAGGAAUGACGUGUUGUUUUUGUGUUCCGUUAGAACUUCACAUGAUUCUAAAGAUUCUAACGAUUAAAAGAAAUGACCAACUGAC